CCUUCCUUCCCCAUCCCCCUUCGCACACUCAUCACUCUAUCAACCAUGUUUGCUGCUCGUCUCUUGACCCGCGCUGCCGUCGCUCGCCCCGCUGUCUCGUUCAUGGCUGUUCGCAGCUUCACUGCUCCUUCGGCCCCUCUGAUGCAGGACAUCCUCAAGGACUUGUACAUCAAGGAGCUCAAGGGUUAUAAGCCUACCCCCGAUGCCAAGGGUGCUGACGCCUCCUCUCAGGUGAAGGAGUUCAAGGUCCCUGUUGCCCCCGCUACCCCGGCUAUUGAUGCCUCUGCCGAUCUUGCUGCUUGGGAGCAGGCCAACGUCGAGAUUGUAGAUGCUGUGUCUGAGGAGGCUGUUGAGGAGGAGGAGGAGGAAGAGGAGGAAGAAGAGGAAGAGGCGCACCACUAAAGUCAUGCCAUAACCCCCAUCGAGUUCCAGAGAAGCAUAUGCCAUAAAAUACAUACAGGAUAAACUUUCAUUGCUGUGAUGAAGGUCUAUUCUAAGCAGCAUGGCAAGUGAAGUAAAACACUGAGCCAUGGUAUGUGUUUGAAAAGUUGUUUGAGAUGCAAUUGAAGUCCAAGGAAAGCGGUCCUUGCGGCAACGGCGUG